CUGGUAUUCACCAUUGGGACUUCCGAGACAUGGCCAGUAACCAGGCCAGCUUACAGGAUGACCAGAGCAGGCAUUGCAAGUUCUUAUCCUAUAUGUUUUACCAAGCUGUCAGAGAUCACAAACCUGUCUGGAUGCUGGAAGACAUGAGGACUAUGGAGUAUUUCUACUGGGAAGAAAAUGCCAGCCUGAGGACGUAUUCCCCUUCCGAAGCCCUGCUCUACGCCGUGGUACACAACCACCUGCCUUAUGCCCAGUACCUGCUGUCUCAUUUUCCGGAGGAGGCUCUCAAAGUGCCCGGGGAACAUUUCUGCUAUUGCCCUUCCUCUGCUCCUCACUUGGCCAUGGCUGUCACCUACGACAGGAGAGACAUUCUGGGGCUGAUCAUCAGCAUCUCCCACAAGCUGCCCAGCCUGAACUCCUACAUCAACCGAACUGGCUGCUUCCACCUGGAAGAUGGGAAGACCCCUCUGCAUCUCGCCUGCGAGCUCCUGAGGUCAGAGACGGUCCUGAUCCUCCUGGGGAAUGGGGCCUCUCCCAGGAUAGAGGACAGCAAAGGACUGACACCGCUGGACGUCAUCCUGGAGCAGAUGUGGGACUCCAAAGUCAACGUGGCGUCCAAAAAGCUCUGCCUCGAUUACCUCUUGCUCUUCAUGCCCAGCCCCCGGUUCAAGAUGAGGAAGGUGCUGCAGGAGCACCCGGAGCACUGGGCAGUUCUGCUAGGGGAGGACAAGUUCAAUAGCCUGGUGGGGAACAUGCCUGCAUCUUUAUACCUGCAAGCUAUGCAAACCAUCCUUCAGACUCUCCCACCCUCCCAUUUCCCUAAAAGCAUCCAGGAACUUCCUAUACCUCAGGCAUUAAAGCCCCUGCCUCGCUUCGGCAAGCAGCACCCAACAAAACAUAUGGUAAAUGUUUUUCCAUGACGUUAUGCUUUUUUAAAGUGUCACAUUCAAUUUGUGUAAUUUGUUCAGGUGGGGUUUUCAAAGGUGCUUCAGGCUGCAAACCAAACCCCCUGUGCACUUCCACUUGAGCUAAAUGGGACUACUCUCAAGUAAAGGAUUGCUGCCUUAGGGGGAUUUGCUGCCCAGUUAUUAUUGAAUUGGUAUCGAAAUCUGGGCUACUGUUUGAUGCCGCUGAAAAUCCCAGCCUUAGUAUAUGUUGUCAAAUGAAAUCUAUUUUUUUCAUAUUAAAAAACCCCUCCCAUUCCGUGCAUGUGAAAAUAUUACAUUGAACUGAAUGUACAUUUUGCUCACUGAAAUCAGUGUAGCAGCAUUCCUGAUUUAUUGUUUGUAUUUUAUGUAAAUUAUCCAGGUUUUGCAUUGUUGUUAUUAUUUAAAAGGCACUGUUUUCACAGGGCAUUAUAUGGACCAGGGGGUCCCAAUCCUGUA